AUGAAAGAAUUAGAAGUCAAUCAAAAAACAGAAGUUAUAGCACUAAAAAUAGUAAUUAUGAAUCAACUAAAACAUCAUUUCAAGAAAAUAUAUCUCUCAAAGUAUUUGUUGAACAUUUAAUCUUCUUUAGAAUUAACUCUAUAUAUUAUAAGAAUAAUUGAAUAAUGAGAAAUAAAGAACUAAUUAAUUAGAAAUAGUAAUCAAAAAGUUAAAAUCUUCUCUACUUUAAUAAGAUAAGUAUGUUUUAUAAAUAUUUUUUGAGUAUCGAGAGAUUUGUUGUCUAAAUGUGAAGAAAAAAUAUAAAUUAUUAUUGAGAAAGAUUAACUCAUUAAAUAAUUAUAAGAAUAAAUGAAAUCUUUGCAAACUGAGAAUGACCAUUUACAAACUACAUUAUCAGAAUUUUAAGAUGUAUAAAUUAAUAAUAUUUACAGUUAGAAUUAACUAUAAAUUAAUUAACAUCUUCUUAUAAUUCAAUAGCUCCUAAUAUGGUAGAUUAAUAAUCAAUUCUUGAAUAAUGCUUAGAUUAUUUGAAUUCAUUAACUAAAUUGAUAAAUCCCAUUUUAUAUGGAUCAUAGCCCUAACUCUAAGAUCUUUUCAAAACAAAAUAAAAAUUUAAACCUAGAAAAAAAUUCUAAAUAACUGAAUUAUGUGAGAAUAAUAUGAAGCAUAUUUAGGAUAUAGAAAAAUAAUUAGUUCACAUUCUAGACUUAAUAGAUUAAAAAUUUAUAAAUGAGCUUGCUUAAUAUAUUAAAUGA